AUGCCUGUCGUCUCGCGCGUGGUGUCGAUUGUUCUCCGCAUCACUGAGAUCGCUUUUGCCGCGGUCGUUGCCGGUAUCAUUGGUUGGUUCCUCAACCGAUUCGGCGAUCUCGAUAUGUGGCCAAACGCACGAUGGAUCUACACUGAGGUCAUCGCUGGGAUAUCCAUAUUCUUCGGCCUCGUAUGGCUAAUCCCCUUUUCUGCUGGAUUCCUGUUGUGGCCAUUGGAUUUGCUCAUUUCCUUUGCCUGGUUCGCGGCCUUCGGUGUCCUGGUCGAUGGCAGGGACAGACUCGACUGCGGCAGCAUCUGGCGUUGGGACAAUAUCACAGAUGACACGAUCUGUGGGCGAUGGAGGGCUUCGCAGGCAUUUAGCUUUCUUUCUGCCAUUGUUUGGAUUGUCUCUGCGCUCGUGGGCAUGUGGUUUACCUUCCGCGUGAGGCGACAUUCUACUGACAGAGACGUCGACCGCUCUCGCGUUUGA